GAGCCAAAACAAGUUGUUUACAAAGAAAAUGAUUUUGUCCCCACAAUUAAUUACAGUUCCAAACAGAGGAACGAUUCUGAAGAAUCUGGAAUUGUAGGGUACAGAAUUCCAGGAUUCAAUGAUGACAAAAAAGAAAACCAGCAAGUUCAACGGAAAGGAUCUUCUUCCAUUUCUGGAGAAAAGGUUUGUGCUACUUUCUUUAGUGAAUCGCAUCAUCAAAGAUUGUAGGGGCACCUGCUUCAAUUUCUUUCUCUAGUACAAAGAAGGAGUAUGCCUAAUUGGAAGAUUCAUCUCUCAGGUUUCAGUAAAGAUAGAUGUAAUGCACUUAAAUUUCAAUUUAUGUUAGGAUUUUUCACUUCUUUUCUGUUAAGAUCAUUUCACGCCUUCAACGUUUCAUUGGAUAAAAUAAAUGCUUCUGUCACAUAGACAUUGUUGUAUGGCGCUAGAAGUUUUUGUGGAAGCACUUGUAUAAUAGUCAAAAAAUAAACUGGCACAUAUAGGCAUUGUAAACUUACAAUGUAACGUCACCUGGAUUCUUCGUAUUUAUAUUUCAGUUAUCAACUUCUCUAUAAUGUGGAUGUUAAUUUUUCUUUUUGUCUGGCCUACAUGUACAUGUUAAUUAAUUAUACCAUCAUAAGAUUGGAGUUUUUACUUGAUCCGUUAUGGAGCGUCCUGUCUUGAAGGGAAUGCUUUAAUAACUACUGACCUUAUGAUCUGUAUUUGAUAUGAUUAAAAAUCAAGGCCUGAAAAAUGAUUUCAAUAUCAUUUAGUUGUUCGAUAAUCAUCAAGCCAAUACAUGUGAACCUUUCCUCAUUUUUUGGACAAUCUCGACUCUUGUUUAUAGGUUGACGUCUUAAAUUACUCAUGCCUAACCUUUCUUGGAGAAAAGAAAGUAGACUGACUAAGACCACAUUGUUACUCAUGUGAUUUACCAUGCACCUGGCAUGACAUUUACUGAUUUCUGAAAAGAAUCAGAGAACAGUCUAGGAAAAUUUCAGUUUUCUAUAUGAUCGCAGGAUCCCUUUGGUUGCUUUUGGCCUCAAUAUGUAGUCCAGACGUGUGCUGGUUUGCUCCUGAAUUAAUUUGAAGUGUGUCAAGAAAUUUUUCGUCAGAUGUGUUGAUUUUACGGAUGAGCUAUUUAAUGCUAAAUGUUAGGGAAAUUCAAUCAAUUUAUUAAAUAGUACCUGCAACUCUGCACUAAUUGCAUUCAUCUAUGCACUGAUCUUAUAUAUCUUGCUCAUCCAUACUGUGAACUAUUUUUGUGUUUACUGUUUUUCAAGAUUUUUAGAAGAAUGACUGUAUCGUAAAUAUGCAUUAGGCUACAUGAACAGGGAUCAUUAACUCCAUUUCUCAACACAGUAUCAUAAUGUUCAUAUCUAUACGAUUCUAAUUUGAUAUAGAUCUUGACAUGGGUGGCAAAUAAUAUACAAGGACAAUGAAAAACCUGUGGUUCAUGGUGGGACAGAACAUCUAUUUUUCUAGGUUUAUUGAGUAAAUAUGUAAUUACAACUUGGAUGGUGGGCUGCAAUCUAUCAUUACAGUUGAAUUGUUAAAAAAAAAUGAAAAAGAACUUACAUGCUUGCAGUCUUAUAUUACUUUUUAAUGUGGUUGAACUUGCAGAAGAAAUUUAAUGAAACAGUUCCACAAUAUCAGAACAUGAACACUCAAUCACAGAGAAAAAAAACAUGAAAAUAUUGGAGGGAGAAAUGAGCAAUCUGAUCAAAAAACAUCACAACAUCAUCAGACUUUACACAGUUGGUCACAUAAAGCAUCAAAUGAGAGGGUAAUGGAGAUUAAAGACCAAAUUAUUAGAGCCAAAGCAUACUUGAUGUUUGCACCACCUGGCAGCACCUCACGCUUGGUCAAGGAGUUGAAGCUGCGUAUUAAAGAGAUGGAACAAAUUGUUGGAGAAGCCAAUAAGGAUUCAGAUUUACCAAGGAGUGCUUUGCAGAAAAUGAAACACAUGGAAGCUUCAUUGUCCAAAGCCAACCGUGCUUACCCACACUGUCAUCUUAUGGCUUCAAAGCUUCGUGCAAUGAACUAUAAUGCUGAAGAGCAAGUUCGGACUCAGCUAGCUCAAGUGUCAUAUCUUGUUCAUCUUGCUGCAAGGACUACCAGUAAAGGCCUCCACUGUCUUUCUAUGCGGCUGACUGCAGAAUACUUUGCUCUGAGGCCUGAGGAGAGAAAGUUUCCAAAUGAAAAUAGGAUCGAUGAUCCUGAACUUUAUCAUUAUGCUGUCUUCUCUGACAAUGUUCUGGCCUGUGCAGUGGUUGUUAACUCCACUGUUUCUACUGCCAAGGAACCAGAGAAACUUGUUUUCCAUGUGGUGACCAAUUCACUCAACUUUCCAGCAAUCUCAAUGUGGUUCAUAUUUAACCCACCAGGCCAAGCCACACUCCACAUACAAAAUAUAGAUAAAUUUAAAUGGAUGUCUAAGUACAGUGGCUUCAAGAAACAAAAUUUCAGUGAUCCAAGAUAUAAUUCUGAACUCAACUACCUUCGCUUCUAUCUACCAGACAUCUUCCCUGCUCUCAAUAAGAUUGUUCUCUUUGAUCAUGAUAUGGUGAUCCAACAAGAUCUCAGUGACCUAUGGAAUGUGAAGAUGAAGGAAAAAGUAAAUGGAGCAGUUGGGACUUGUCAAGAAGGUGAUACUUCAUUUUACAGGAUCAAUACGCUCAUCAAUUUCUCAGAUCCAUUUAUUGCAGAGAGGUUUGAUGACAAUGCAUGCACAUGGGCAUUUGGGAUGAACUUGUUUGAUUUGAAACAGUGGAGGAGAUUGGAUUUAACUGGUGUCUAUCACAAAUAUCUGGAAAUGGGUUCUGAGAGGCCAUUAUGGAAUGCUGGGAGUCUGCCUAUAGGGUGGCUCACUUUCUAUAACAAGACAAUGGUGUUGGACGGACGGUGGCAUGUUCAUGGCCUUGGUUAUAACUCUGGCAUAGAUCGAAAUAAAAUUGAGCGUGCCGCUGUUAUACACUAUGAUGGAAUUAGGAAACCAUGGUUGGAUAUUGCGAUGGGAAGAUACAAGGGUUAUUGGACCAAAUUUAUUAAUUAUGACCAUCCUAUAUUGCAACAGUGCAAUGUACAUGAGUAGGACAAAUAUUCCUACCUUGCUGAGUAAAUUGACCAAUCCGAUGGCACAUUAUUUGCCUCUCCGCUCGAUUCUUUCCUGUUCUUUGGCAGUUCUGAUUGUAAAGCCCUUCGUACCUUCUCAACAAUAUUCUAUACAUCGCUUGUUGAAAAGCUUAGCCAGUUUAUAGUGACAGUUAAGGUGGAAAUAAGAAUCAGAGGCAUUUUAGCUGUUUGCAGAUACUGUUGGUUUUCGUGUAAAUAAUUCAUCUUCGCUGUUCUUAUUUAUUGAUUCCGUCCUAGCUACAGAGAGACUGUAGCAGAUCUAUGCUUUACCCUAAGGACAAAUUUAUGCGCCAUUUGUUAAAAUUAGGGCAGUGUUCCUCCAUUGCAGUAUUCAAUGAUCGUUUCAUUUUAUCUUUCUUUGUUUCCUGACACAUGAUGCUGUAAGUGGGAAUCAAGUGCGUGCUUGCUUUUA